AUGCCCUUCCCGACGCCAACCCAAUUCCUCGGAGGCGGCAAAGUCAAAGUCUUCCACGUCGACCUUUCAACUUACGAUGAUGCGCUUUCCCCACGUCUCGCGAAUUCGGCCACACCGUCAGCGAAAGCAAUGGUGUGUAUGAUCGAUCGGCCUGAAGUCAAGAAUGCUGUCGAUCGUGAGACGGCAACUGCUCUUCAUUCUGCUUUUGUUUCUUGCGCCAACGAUCCCAACCUUCGAGUUGCAAUCCUGACCGGAUCGAACGGAACUUUCUGCGCUGGAGCAGAUCUCAAGUUCAUCUCUCAGUCUUCCCUCAUGAGCGACCAAGGCGUACAGGAAGCUAAGAGCAACUUGUUGGACUCUAACAUGGACGCCAUCGCACCCAUGGGUCUCACUCGUCUGGCAAUGAACAAGCCUGUCAUUGCAGCCGUAGACGGUUUCGCCGUUGCAGGAGGAAUGGAGCUGGCAUUAUGGGCUGAUCUAAGGGUGGCUAGCAGUGACAGUGCUUUUGGUAUCUUGUGUAGGCUGAGAGGUGUGCCCCUCAUUGAUGGAGGCACCGUUCGAUUGCCAGCCCUGGUUGGAGGAAGCAGGGCUGCGGACCUGGCGUUGACGGGAAGACUAGUCAAUGCGACUGAGGCUCAUUCUAUCGGACUAGUCAACUAUGUGGUUCCUUCGGUAUCUCGGGGACCAAGAGCAGUGGGAAGCGGUUUCUCAGCAGUUGUGGAAAAGUCAUUGAGGAUUGCAGCUAAUCUGGCGGCUAAUCCGCAGACUUGCAUGCUCAAUGACAGGAGUAGUAUGCUCAAUGCUCUUUAUCCAGGUGAGGCGGAUCGGGAAGGCGAAUGGACGGGCGGAGGGGUGGAUCUGAGACUUAAGGGUGGUCUGAGAAAGGCGAUGGAAAUCGAGUUUGAGUUGGGGUUGCAGAGUCUGGCAAAGUUGGCGGAGGAAGGCCAGGUGGGUGCAUUUGUGAACAGAUCCAAACAACAACGCGAGACUGAUAGGGCCAAGUCUCGUGCCAGCAACCUGUAG